UGAGUUAAGAUGAUGACAACAAAACUUACAACGAGUCUAUCCAAAAUGGCAACUAUCAUGGCACUUGAAACUCAUAUCCGGUCAUUAAUAUUUACCCUUCUUGUCGUCCUUUCUGUUGUUGACCAUAUCCAUGGCGCUCAACAAACAACGAGCAGAAAAACCCAUAAUAUGAUCUAUUAUGAUAUCAAGAACUUUGGUCCCUGUGUAAGGAGAUUCAAUGCCACUCAUCAGAUUGGAUGCACCAGUGAAUUCAAUGGGAACAAUGGAGUGCUUCACCUCAUAGAGAAAGUAGCUGAUCUGGACUGGUUGCUUAAUACUGGUACCUACUCUCCAUACAUAGCAGUGAUGUCACCUCAAAUGUUUACAUUAGAUAAUGUGCAGAGACUGUUGGAUUCUAAGAAGGUUAAUGGUAUCAUGGUGGACCACUCGGACCCAAUGUCUAUGAUCAAUCAAACAACACCAUUCUCACCUGACAAGUCAUGUCCUAAUGAUAACUAUGGGAUGUAUGCAGGGAACCCGGAGUAUUCUAACUGUAAGAAGGUCACUUGGAACAGUGUAGGGAACGGGAUGACCUUCAUGGAUUUGGGCAUUCCUAUCUUUGCUCUCAUUGAUCCAGAAGAUGUUCAAACUGUAAAAGAUUGUUACGAGGAGCACAACCAUCGUGACGCGGAGGGCAAAGAACAACCCUUCCCACAGUGCGCCGGUGAGAUGUACGACUUCAUGUUCGGAGCAAAGGACACACCCACCUGCAUGUGGAGAACACAGAGGAUGACAAACCUGGAAUCAAGUGUUUACUGUGAUCCGUUAGGAGACUGGAACGUCUGGGCCACUCUUCUACCAACCAAUAAAUCGACACCUCCCCCUGAUAAAUCAAUGAUCAUAGCCGCAGCUCAGUUGGACAUAGCUGACCUAUUCUACCAGGCGUUGCCUACACAGGGUGCAGAGAACACAGUAUCUGGUUUUGUGGCCCUGCUCGCUGCGGCCCAGGCCAUAGGAGCGCUGCCUUUAGAAACCAAACAGGACAUGAAGAACAUCAUGUUCACUUUCUUCCAAGGCGAAAGCUACGAUUACAUCGGAUCAUCACGUAUGGUGUACGACAUGAACAAAGGGAUUUUCCCCUACAAGCUUGACGAUACGAAGACACAGCCAUCCAAAGUCAACCUGUCGACCGUCGCAGCGGUCCUAGAGGUACGACAGCUGGCCUUGUCGGAGGGAGAUCAUUUCUACAUGCACAUCGACCCCCUGUCACAGUCAGACUCAACUACACAACAGGGGACGGAGAGACUUAUGCAGCUCCUGAGAUCCUCCGCAGUCAACGUCACAAUGAACAACGUGUCUCUGGACCAACCACUUCCUCCAGCCUCAUUCCAGCAGUUCUUGAGAAACGGGACAGACAUACCGGGAGUUGUCAUCACAGAUCAUGAGAGGGAAUAUGCAAAUAAAUAUUACAACAGUCGACUGGAUAUUGCUGAAGUAUGGGGGAUCAACUAUACCCAGUAUAAUAGCACUGAAUUUUUACCCAUAUUCCCAGUUGCACAAACCCUCACAAACCUAGCCACGACCAUUGCAAGGGGUCUAUACCUGUAUGCAAGACCAGGUGCUACAGAUGCUGAUAACAUAACGGCUGAUGUAAAUUUGGUGAAUGAUCUCUUGUACUGCUUCAAUCAGAGACCUAACUGCAGUCGAGUACGGGAAGCAGUCAGCCCGGAAGAAUGGAAAAGUAUAUCUAACAGCACGUAUAACUAUUACGUGGGAGUCGAUAGCCAGCAAUCUCAGGUCACCAUACUGGUUGGUAAACUGUUGGCUUACUACCUAGAACUGGACAGUGAACCCAUGACCCAAGAUACCGCAAAGGAGAACUGUAUAGGGGAGAAGGAUGAUCAAAUAUUCAGCUAUGACUUCAUGGCUGGCGCUGAUUACAACGGCACCCAUGGGCUUUGCGUGAAGAGCUCCCGACAUCUCACCCCGGCCAUCUCGCCAGCCUUCGACAGCGAGACUCCAGAUUGGGGGUCGACGGUAUAUUCCACGUGGACGGAGUCUCAGUGGAGUUCUUACCGCAUUAGGGCUUUCCUAAAACCAAGCAGAAGCCAGGAGGUGGUAGCAUUCUCAGUUGGAAUGAUUGUGAUCCUAAUCUCCUUAUGCGGUGCAUUUUUCCUGAGCAAGAGAUCUGAUGAUCUGUUUCCAUAGUACCGGUAACCGUCUCUUCCGCUUCGUUCUCAUCUGGACCAAACUUUGUAUAUUCAGAACUGUUCGUAUCCCCACACAUGAUUGAAGGCAACAAACACUUUUAAAGUGUUCCACUGAACUCAAAUUAGUGCUUGUAGGUAAUUUAUAAAUAAAUGCUCUUGUGUAUCUACAAAGUAAAAAUAAAGAAAUACAAAG